UGUAGAAAGGGUUGUAACCGGUUAUGGAACCUGAAACAACACGAGAAAAUACACACAAGGGAGAAGCCUUACCACUGCUCCCAGUGUGGAAAGAGUUUUAAGCUUUUAGGAACCCUUAAAGCCCACGAGAAAAUACACACAGGGGAGAAGCCUUACCACUGCUCCCAGUGUGGAAAGAGUUUUAAGCUUUUAGGAACCCUUAAAGCUCAUGAGAGAAUACACACAGGGGAGAAGCCUUACCACUGCUCCCAGUGUGGAAAGAGUUUCAAACGGCCUUGUCGUCUGAAACAACACGAGAGAAUACACACAGGGGAGAAGCCUUACCACUGCUCCCAGUGUGGAAAGUGUUUCAGCAGUUUAGGGGAGCUGAAACGACAUGAGAUAAUACACACAGGGGAGAAGCCUUACCACUGCUCCCAGUGUGGAAAGUGUUUCAGCAGUUUAGGGGAGCUGAAACGACAUGAGAUAAUACACACAGGGGAGAAGCCUUACCACUGCUCCCAGUGUGGAAAGAGUUUCAAUCGGCCUUGUCAUCUGAAACAACACGAGAGAAUGCACACAGGGGAGAAGCCUUACCACUGCUCCCAGUGUGGAAAGUGUUUCAAUCGGUCAGGGGACCUGAAACAACACGAGAGAAUACACACAGGGGAGAAGCCUUACCACUGCUCCCAGUGUGGACAGUGUUUCAAUCGGUCAUGGGACCUGAAACGACACGAGAGAAUACACACAGGGGAGAAGCCUUACCACUGCUCCCAGUGUGGAAAGUGUUUCAAUCGGCCAGAGGACCUGAAACAACACGAGGGAAUACACACAGGGGAGAAGCCUUACCACUGCUCCCAGUGUGGAAAGUGUUUCAGCCAGAAAGGAGGCCUGACCCAACACGAGAGAAUACACACAGGGGAGAAGCCUUACCACUGCUCCCAGUGUGGAAAGUGUUUCAAACAGCCAGAAUAUCUGAAACGGCACGAGAGAAUACACACAAGGGAGAAGCCUUACCACUGCUCCCAGUGUGGAAAGUGUUUCAAUCGUUCAGAGGACCUGAAACAACACGAGAGAAUACACACAGGGGAGAAGCCUUACCACUGCUCCCAGUGUGGAAAGUGUUUCAGCCAGAAAGGAGGCCUGACCCAACACGAGAGAAUACACACAGGGGAGAAGCCUUACCACUGCUCCCAGUGUGGAAAGUGUUUCAAACAGCCAGAAAAUCUGAAACGGCACGAGAGAAUACACACAGGGGAGAAGCCUUACCACUGCUCCCAGUGUGGAAAGUGUUUCAACCAGAAAGGAAGCCUGACCCAACACGAGAGAAUACACACAGGGGAGAAGCCUUACCACUGCUCCCAGUGUGGAAAUAGUUUUAAGGUGUUAGGAACCCUUAAAGCUCAUGAGAGAAUACACACAGGAACGAAGCCACACCAUUGCUCUCAGUGUGGAAAGAGUUUUAAGCGGUUAGACACCCUCAAAGCUCAUGAGCGAAUACACACAGGGGAGAAGCCAUGCCAUUGCGCCCAGUGUGGAAAGAGUUUUACCCAAUUAGGAAGCCUGAAAGAACACAUGAGACUGCACACAGGGGAGAGGCCUUACCACUGCUCCCAGUGUGGAAAGAGUUUUAACCAGUCAGGAAGCCUGAAAGCUCACGAGCGAAUACACACAGGGGAGAAGCCUUACCACUGCUCACAUUGUGCAAAGCGUUUUAUCCAAUUAGGAAGCCUGAAAGAACACAUGAGUGUGCACACAGGGGAGAAGCCUUACCACUGCUCCCAGUGUGCAAAGCGUUUUACCCAUUUAGGAAACCUGAAAGAACACAAGAGACUGCACACAGGGGAGAAGCCUUACCACUGCUCCCGGUGUUCAAAGCAUUUUACCCAUUUAGGAAACCUGAAAGCUCAUGAGCGAAUACACACAGGGGAGAAGCCUUACCAUUGUUCCCACUGUGGAAAGCGUUUUAACUAUUCAGGGAAGCUGAAGGAACACAUGAGACUGCACACAGGGGAGAAGCCUUACAAAUGCUCAGACUGUGGGAAGACAUACAAUAGAUCUGGGAACCUGAAAAAACACGAGAGAAUACACACAGGGGAGAAGCCUUACCACUGCUCCCAGUGCGGAAAGAGUUUUAGCGAUUUAGGGAACCUGAAAAAACACGAGAGAAUACACACAGGGGAGAAGCCGUACCACUGCUCCCAGUGUGGCAAGUGUUUUAAACAGUUAGGGAAUCUGAAAGAACACGAGAGAAUACACACAGGGGAGAAUUCUUACCACUGCUCCCAGUGUGGCAAGUGUUUUAAACAGUUAGGGAAUUUGAAAGAACACGAGAGAAUACACACAGGGGAGAAUUCUUACCACUGCUCGCAGUGUGGAAAGAGUUUUAACCGGUCAGGGAAUCUGAAAAAACAUGAGAGAAUACACACAGGGGAGAAGCCUUACCACUGCUCCCAGUGUGGCAAGUGUUUUAAACAGUUAGGGAAUUUGAAAGAACACGAGAGAAUACACACAGGUGAGAAGCCUUACCACUGCUCCCAGUGUUUAAAGGGUUUCAGCCAGCUGGCGAAUCUGAAACGGCAUGAGAGAAUACACACAGGGGAGAAGCCUUACCACUGCUCCUUGUGUGG